AUGCUGCAGGAUUUGGACUUGAUUGGAACUAUUGGGGAAGACGAUGAGGGACCCCCGGAACCGGAGUCGGACAGCGGAGAUGAGGAGGAAGAGGAGCCCAUUUUGCUGGGCAGAAAAAAGCAGGCAUUGCGGAAGAAUCGGAGUGUUGAUUUCAAUCCAGACUUUGUUUUUACUGAAAAAGAGGGAGCAUAUGAUGGAAGCUGGGCCAUGGCUGAUGUUAUGAGUCAACUCAAAAAGAAGAGAGCAGCCACAACACUAGAUGACAAGAUUGAGAAAAUUCGAAAAAAACGGAAGAAUGAGGAAAAAGAAGCCAAAUCUGGGAAAACAGAUGAUGAGAAGGAAGGAAAUGAGGCUUCUGAGAAGGAAAAUCAAGAUGAGUCCGAAGAACAUGAGGAAGAGACAAAAGAUGAAGAAUCAGAAUCAGAAUAUUCGUCAGCUGAUGAACAAAUUCUCACCAAAGCAGAUACACUGAAAGUGAAGAAAACGAAGAAACAGAAGAAAGGAGAGAAGGAAACAGGUUUUUUUGAAGAUGCUUCUCAGUAUGAUGAAAACCUCACAUUCCAGGACAUGAAUCUAUCUCGACCUCUCUUGAAGGCUAUCACAGCUAUGGGUUUCAAGCAACCUACCCCUAUCCAGAAGGCCUGCAUUCCUGUGGGACUAUUAGGGAAGGACAUCUGUGCUUGUGCAGCUACUGGGACAGGUAAAACAGCUGCUUUUGCCCUUCCUGUCUUGGAGCGUCUUAUAUAUAAACCUCGACAAGCUCCCAUAACUCGUGUACUUGUGCUAGUUCCCACUCGAGAAUUAGGCAUUCAAGUACACUCUGUCACCAAACAGUUGGCCCAGUUCAGUACUGUUACCACUUGCCUUGCAGUGGGUGGCUUGGAUGUGAAAUCUCAGGAGGCAGCUCUUCGGGCUGGACCAGAUAUCCUCAUUGCUACACCAGGCAGACUCAUUGACCAUCUCCACAACUGCCCUUCCUUCCAUUUGAGUAGUAUUGAAGUACUCAUUUUGGAUGAAGCUGACAGGAUGCUUGAUGAGUAUUUUGAGGAACAGAUGAAGGAAAUCAUCCAGCUGUGCUCGCACCACCGCCAGACCAUGCUCUUCUCGGCUACUAUGACCGAUGAGGUGAAAGAUCUGGCCUCGGUCUCACUAAAGAAUCCUGUCCGGAUCUUUGUGAAUAGCAACACAGAUGUAGCUCCAUUCCUUAGGCAGGAAUUCAUUCGAAUUCGACCUAAUCGAGAAGGAGACCGGGAAGCCAUUGUGUCAGCUCUUUUGACACGAACUUUUACAGACCAUGUGAUGCUCUUCACCCAGACCAAGAAACAGGCUCAUCGUAUGCACAUUCUUCUAGGGCUUAUGGGGCUGCAGGUGGGAGAGUUGCAUGGGAAUCUCUCUCAGGCACAGCGUCUGGAAGCUCUAAGGCGCUUCAAGGAUGAACAGAUCGACAUCUUGGUGGCCACAGAUGUGGCAGCCCGAGGACUAGACAUCGAAGGUGUCAAAACAGUCAUCAACUUUACAAUGCCUAACACCAUCAAGCAUUAUGUGCACCGUGUAGGCCGAACAGCACGUGCUGGCAGGGCCGGACGCUCUGUGUCCCUGGUGGGAGAGGAGGAGCGUAAAAUGUUAAAGGAGAUAGUGAAAUCAGCUAAAGCGCCUGUGAAGGCCAGAAUCCUUCCUCAAGAUGUAAUCUUAAAAUUCCGAGACAAGAUUGAGAAAAUGGAAAAAGAUGUAUAUGCAGUCCUGAGACUGGAGGCUGAGGAGAAGGAAAUGCAGCACUCAGAAGCUCAGAUAAAUACAGCAAAACGACUCCUAGAAAAAGGGAAUGAAGAACCAGAACGGACCUGGUUUCAGAACAAAGAGGAGAGGAAGAAGGAAAAAAUUGCAAAGGCCCUACAAGAGUUUGACUUGGCUUUGAGGGGGAAAAAAAAGAGAAAGAAGUUUAUAAAGGACUCCAAGAAAAAGGGGGAAAUGACGCCAGAAGAAAGGUCUCAAUUUGAGAUUCUGAAGUCACAGAUGUUUGCUGAGCGAUUGGCUAAGAGGAAUCGAAGGGCCAAGAGAGCACGAGCCAUGCCUGAGGAGGAGCCAACCUCAGCCCCAGGCAGGAAGCAAAAGAAGGUGAAGAAAUCUGUGUUUGAUGAGGAACUUACCAACACUAGCAAGAAGGCUUUGAAACAGUAUCGAGCUGGCCCCACCUUUGAAGAAAGGAAACAGAUGGGAUUACUCCACUCAAGGAAAGGAGGAAACUUUAAAUCUAAAUCCAGGUACAAGAGGAGGAAGUAGCAGUAGUUACCUGAAGAAAUACUACUUUACUUUUAAUCCUUUGUCUAGGGAAAUGUAAUUGCAUUGUUCUCUUUGAUUAUAAAAAUCCUCUUAAAAAGCUCUUAUUAAAAGUGUCAGUAGUUUGCAUUUAUUUUUAAAUAACUGAUCUUUCUUUGAGCAUCAUUACCCUAAAGCCUUGUUGUAAUAUAUCCUUUCCAUGCCAGACAAAAACAUUCUUAACACUCCCUGGCUAGGACAUCAGCUCAACUGAAACAGUAAUUGCAUUUUAAAAAAAACUGGGGGUAAUUUGUACCAUAAUUCUCCUAAGAGGAGUUAGGGAUUGAGGAUACUAUUCUUGCCUGAGAAGGAUGUUCUAUGUGAUGAAGUUAGCUUUAUAAAGGGAAACAGAACAGCAGGAAUCUUUUAAGUUAUCCUAUAAAAGCAUAAUGUCCUGUUUACAACUUCAUUGAAAAAGCAGAUGUGCCAACAGAGCAUAGUGACAACAAUUAUGAGAAAGAAAUAUGGACCAUUUAUUUUUGUCAAUAAUUUGCUUUAUUAAUUGGCAUCAUAUUCUAAAGUGCAUAGUAAAGACAAAAAGGGAACGCAUACAUAAGGUAGGGAAAUUUUGCUUGCAAACAGUAGAAAGGACCUGAGAAAUCUAUAUGUCUUUUAUGGAACAAAUGCCGUGUAGGCAACACCUAAGCAGGACAGAUGGCCUGAGUAUGGCCUGGGUCGGUACACCAGGCUAUGGGCCUGCAGACAUCGGAGGCAUGCUAAAAGCUCCACCCAGGCACAAGCCAUGAUAUAGGAAGGAUAGAUGAAAGGGUUACACUUUGAUAAGUAGAUGCUGCUGGUUACUGAAUGUCAAUUUUAUUCCUCAGGCAUGAAUAAGGCAUGCCCUAUGAAGCAGCCUUGCUUCCAAAUCUUUUAAAACUCAAUAAAAAAAGCUUCUUGUCUUCUUGAAAUUCAAGCCAAUGGAAGUGUUACUAUUGUUACUCCUUGGUCAAUGUGGACAUGUGCAAGACCCAAGUGCAAGGCUCAA